AUGGCAUCAAAAUUAUUGUCGUUCCUAGAAGGUCUCAUUCGUUCGCAGUAUGUGUGCUACCUCGUGGAUAAAUGCGUUGAGGAAAAUGGCAGAAAAUUAAAUCUCGCACGGUUCCGGAUAAAGACAGUCCCGUCGACACUGGCGUCGUGUACGUUUCUCUCGAAAUUGUCCCUCGAUGGCAAUUUCUUCUCAUCGGCAUCAAUCAUUGGUCUUCAAUCGUUGAAGUUUCUCCGCUACCUAACGCUGAACGACAACGAAUUAAGUCAAUUCCCGGAGGAGCUGUGUCAGCUAAAGUUUGUCGAAUUUCUAAACAUUGGAGGCAAUCCGAUAGACCGUUUGCCUGAAGCUAUCGGCAAAUUGAAAAACCUAAUUACUCUCUGGUGUAAUGAUAUGCUGUUGAAGAAUCUACCGGAGACGAUUGGAACGCUACGGAAACUGAAAACAUUCGGUGCUCGAAAUAAUCAACUGACGGCUUUACCGGAGUCCUUCGGCAAACUCAGACGAUUAAAGUGGCUUUCGCUGGGGAAUAAUUGCAUCUCCGCCGUACCCGAGACCUUCGAAGAGCUUGUGAAUUUAACCCAUUUGAACAUGGCAGAAAAUCGAUUCAAUGAACUGCCUGCAGCAAUUUCACUGCUAAAACGGUUGAAGUUUUGCUCAUUUGCGGAAAAUUGCAUCGAAAAUGUUACGAACAACGCAUUGGAAGAGCUCAGCUACAUUCAAACUUUGUUGCUGCAUGGAAAUCCAGUGAUGACCGAUAAAUUGUCUACAGCAAAGAUAAAUGAAACGAUUUUUGAACUGGACAUUUUGAACGAAAAUAUUCAGCAGGAUUGGAAUACUAGCCUACCGAAUAGUGAACUGAAUCUUCUCGACACAAGCGAUGAGGAAAUGGUUGAAGAUUUGUACGAGUUUGAGCUAUCCGAAUAAACUAGAUUUUGCAUAGCAGCGUAA